UUCACCAUUGUUUAACAUCUUCAACUUUUCUCAAUAUACACUAAAAAUGGCUCGUACUAAGCAAACAGCUCGCAAAUCCACCGGCGGUAAGGCACCAAGGAAGCAACUAGCUACUAAGGCUGCUAGAAAAUCUGCUCCAGCGACUGGAGGAGUGAAAAAGCCUCACCGUUUCCGUCCAGGAACUGUGGCUUUAAGAGAAAUCAGAAAGUAUCAGAAGUCGACGGAGUUGUUGAUCAGGAAGUUGCCGUUUCAGAGGCUGGUGAGGGAGAUCGCUCAGGAUUUCAAGACGGAUCUGAGGUUUCAGAGCAGUGCUGUUGCUGCUCUACAAGAGGCUGCUGAGGCGUACCUUGUUGGAGUGUUUGAAGAUACUAAUCUCUGUGCUAUUCAUGCUAAGAGGGUUACGAUUAUGCCUAAGGAUAUCCAGCUUGCUAGGAGGAUUCGUGGAGAAAGGGCAUAGGUAGAUCUGUUUUACUGUUUCUUGUUUGCAUCUGUUGUUGGAAUGGUAGGGUUAGUUGUGUAAAUCUAAUAGAUGAUUUCAGUUCAGUUGAAGUAUGUUUACUAUCAUUUUCAAAUCUGGUUAAUGGAAUUUGUGCUUUGUUUUCUUCAAUCAAA